UUGAGCUUAACAGAUGUGGUGAGAAGAGUGAAUGGGUGAGAUAUGAGAGCGAGUAGAGAGAAAGUAGAUCAUUAGGAAGAGAAAGAAAAACCUUGUACUUUAGUAGAAAGAAAAAAAGUACAAAAGUAUAAACUGAUGCACAGUAGUUUUGUUCCCAGCUAACAAGUGAACCAGGAGCUCCAGCUAUAAUGGAUUGUGGAUAAACAGGAGGAGCAACUAUCUCACCUGGCACUAACCAACCCUACAAAGAUAAAACUACUACCUCAUAGUUUAAACCCUGUAUUUCUGUCCAUGUUCCCCCCUCUCCAGUACAACUCCUCCCUUUCUUCCCUCAUCUCUCCUUUACCCCCAACCUCUCCACCUUACUCUCCUACAGCCUCUUCUCCCCCAAACCCCUCAUCGUCUGUUCUCAUUCCAUCUCUUUCAAUGACCCUUGGAGCUUCCUCCAAUGCUCUGGCUCUGUGGAUCCUUAUUCGUGACUACUCAAAUUCCAGAAGGCUCCGCCGUUCCAGGGUUCAGUUUCUUCUCUUGGCAUCUGGUCUCCUCAUGACUGACUUAGCUGGACAUCUCAUCCCAGGUUCUUUUGUGCUAUGGAUUUAUGCUCAUGGAGAGAUUCCAGUGGUUGGAUGCCAGUUUCUAGGUGGAUGCAUGGUUUUCUUUGGACUUUCACCACUCCUUCUAGGCCUUCUCAUGGCCUCAGAACGCUGCCUUGCUCUGACCAAACCACUGUGGCAUUUAUCUGUGGUCACACAAACACGAGCUCGUCUGGGUCUGGCCUUGGCCUGGGUUAUGGCACUUCUAGUGUCUAUCCUUCCUUUGCUUGGAUAUGGAGCAUAUGGAUUGCAGCCCUCUGGAACAUGGUGCUUCUUAUUAGGGCCACCAGGCUUUUGCCUGCUCUUUUCUGGUCUUGGCCUGGGUUCACUUGGAGCUGCUCUGGUGUGUAAUGUAUUGUGUGGAGUGACACUCUUGAGAGCCCGGCUCCUGGGUUCCGUUGGAGAAAAGAGACGACGGCGACGUGGAGCCCGUUCCCGUGACAUAGAGAUGGUGGUGCAACUUUUAGCAAUCACCCUGGUGUCAUGCAUUUGUUGGAGUCCACUACUAGUCUCAGUGAUGAUGUUGCAUACAGGAGUACCACUCCCUCGUUCUGAUUGGCUGCUGUUUGCUGUGCGUCUGGCAUCUUAUAACCAGAUUCUGGAUCCUUGGGUGUAUAUUCUCCUACGAUGCUCUGUGCUCCACCGUCUCUGCAUUUUUAUACAAAGAACAUGCGCAAAAAGAGGGAAGCUGAGUCUUUGGGAUCCAGGAGACUUUCAGAGUUCUGACCGCAGUGAAGUCAGCCGUCUCUAAUGGGCUUAGCUAACUGGGAGAUUCCAAUCAGGCACUUAUAUGAGAAAACAUCGACAUAUAUAUUAAGACAUUGAUUUAUGAAACAUAGAAAAAAGGGCCCUUGAAAUAAGACUGGAGAGCCUUUUACAGUAUUUAUUUAUGGACGAUGCAUGCCUGAAGAGAUGGACUUUCAUUAAAGAUUAUAGACAUAUGGGAGAAUAAUAUUCAAAUUACCUACCUUGUGGUAAGACCCAUAAUGAUUUCUUCUGUUGGUUGCCAGAGUUGGCUAUAGCAUAUCACGUGGCACUCUGACAAACAAGGGGUUACUAAAAAUGAUCUUACAAUUCACGUGGAAGGGAAAAAUGGAUGCACAAAAGGAGAUGCAUAAACAUAUGAAAAAUAAUGACAUAUGACUUAAUACUAACACAAGCAUGGUCUCCUUCUUCAUAGAUGUGCAAUUAUAGGCUGAUAGAAAUAUUCAGUUGAUAGAGACAUUUGGUUCCUUCCUUCAUUAUAGAUUCAUAUAAACUGAACUGUGGAUUUUGCAUGAUAUUAUUUUAUAUAUCUGUAACAUGGUGUUAUAUACUAAAGUAACAAUAUUAUUUAA